GUUAUAGCUGUACAGUAGUAUUUGCAGUUGCUUCUUGUGAAAUAUGGCCAGGACCAAGCAAACAGCGCGGAAGUCCACCGGCGGGAAAGCUCCCCGCAAACAGUUAGCCACCAAAGCCGCCCGGAAAAGUGCCCCAGCUACUGGCGGAGUGAAGAAGCCUCACCGCUACCGUCCCGGGACUGUUGCUCUCAGAGAGAUCCGCCGCUACCAAAAAUCCACUGAACUGCUGAUCCGCAAGCUGCCCUUCCAGCGUCUGGUGCGGGAGAUCGCCCAGGAUUUCAAGACCGACCUGCGCUUCCAGAGCUCCGCCGUCAUGGCCCUACAAGAGGCCAGCGAGGCUUAUCUGGUGGGGCUGUUCGAGGACACCAACCUCUGCGCUAUCCACGCCAAGAGGGUGACCAUCAUGCCCAAAGACAUCCAGCUAGCCCGCAGAAUCCGAGGGGAGAGGGCAUAGAUACUCGGCACUACUAUACACGCAGCAACACAAAGGCUCUUUUCAGAGCCACCAAA